AUGCCCGCCCGCGUCACUCGGCAGGCAGAAGACGCACGUCGGGGUGCGGCUCCUUCAUCGCGAGGCUGCUCCUGGUUCUGUCACUCGCUCCUCGUGGAGGACCCCGCGAGUCCCAGCGCUUGCCUGGCGGCGGUGGCAACAAUGCACGGAACUUCCCGCACUCCGGCCACCAGCGUGAACGCUGACUGCUGCAUCCCCGCUGGCUUGCGCCUGGGGCCCGUGCCUGGCACCUUCAAGCUGGGCAAGUACCUGUCAGAUCGCAGGGAACCAGGGCCCAAGAAAAAGGUGCGCAUGGUGAGGGGGGAGCUGGUGGACGAGUCAGGGGACUCCCCUCUGGAGUGGAUAGGGUUAAUCCGGGCAGCCAGGAACCCCCAGGAACAGACUCUGGAAGCUGUGGCGGACUUGCCGGGAGGACAGAUCUUCUAUCGAGCAUUGCGAGAUGUCCAGCCAGGUGAAGAGCUGACUGUGUGGUAUUCCAACUCCUUGGCUCAGUGGUUUGACAUCCCCACAACUGCGACCCCAACUCAUGAUGAGAAAGGGGAGGAGCGCUACAUCUGCUGGUACUGCUGGAGGACGUUUAGAUACCCCAACAGUCUCAAGGCACACCUGCGUUUUCACUGCGUGCUCAGCGGCGGCGGGGGCCGUGCCUUCUUGCAUCAGGAGCACGCGGCCAGGCCCGGUGGUGGCCCGACGGCAGAAGGCCUUGGCCUCCCUCCGAAACCCACCGCUCCGGACUUGACCUCAGCGGUGCAUGCAGGCGCUCUGCGGCCCCAGGCACAGGCCCCUCAACUCGCCCAGGCAUUCGGGGCGCGGGAGAGCAUCAAGCGCGAGGGUUCCUUGGCGCCCCCGGCCACCUCACCAUCUCCGGGCAAGUGGGGAACUCCAAGGAAGGGCAAAGAGCAGUCAGAUCGCGCCCUGGAUUCCAGCGGGGUGCCCCGCGCACACAGUCACUUCCUGGGCAUAGUGGGCGGCUCCGGAGCCGGCGGUGGUGGCGGCGGCUUGACUUUCUACCCCGGCGCGCGAUCCGCUUUCAAACCCGCUGGCCUGGCCCGGGCAGCCUCGCAGGGCGACCCCUACCGGGAAGAGGGCGGCGGCAAGGGACCCGGGCUGGCAUUGGGCCGGCUGCUGGGCGGGGGCCGAGCGGGCGGGCGCCCCGGCAGUGGGGAAAGCCCAGCUGGCCACCAUCACCAUCACCACCACGCUCAUCACCACCAUCACCACCCCAAGUGCCUGCUCGCGGGGGACCCGUCGCCACCCGGUCUGGCGUGUCCCGGGGCCCUGCGAGCCUUCCCCCUGCUAGCAGGCCACACGGAGGAGGUGUCCGCCUUCAAGCACGUGGAGCGCGCCCCGCCCGCCGCUGCCGCGCUGCCCGCCGCGCGCUACGCUGCUCUCCCCGCACCCGGGCUCCCCCUGGAGCGUUGCACGCUGCCGCCCCUCGACGCCACCGGCGGCCUCAAAGCCUACUCCGGCAGCGAGUGCAGUCCCCUGCCCGCGGUCAUGCCGGCCUUCACGGUGUACAGCGGGGACCUGCUCUACGGCCCCCCUGCCGCCUACUACCCGCUCAAGCUGCACUUGGGCGGGCUGCUCAAAUACCCCGAAUCCAUCUCCUAUUUGAGCGGGCCCGCGGCGGCGGCAGCGGCAGCGGCGAUCGGCCCGGCCGAGCUGGGCUCCCUGGCCAGCAUCGACCGCGAGAUCGCCAUGCACACGCAGCAGCUGUCCGAGAUGGCAGUCGGGAAGGGUCGCGCCCGCCUGGACUCGGGGACGCUGCCUCCUGCCGUAGUGGCGGCGGCUGGCAGCGGCGGCGGGGGCGCAGUGGGCAAGCCCAAGACGGGCCACUUGUGCCUCUACUGCGGCAAACUGUACUCGCGCAAGUACGGGCUCAAGAUCCACAUGCGGACGCACACCGGCUACAAGCCGCUCAAGUGCAAGGUGUGCUUGCGGCCCUUCGGCGACCCCAGCAACCUCAACAAGCACAUCCGACUGCACGCGGAGGGCAACACGCCCUAUCGCUGUGAGUUCUGCGGCAAGGUGCUGGUGCGCCGCCGGGACCUGGAGCGUCACGUCAAGUCCCGCCACCCGGGCCAGAGCCUGAUCGCCAAGGCGGGCGACGGCCCGGGUGCAGAGCCGGGCUAUGCCCUGGAGCCUGGGGAUCCCAAGAGCGAGGACAGUGAUGUGGAUGUCUGCUUCACCGACGACCAGAGCGACCCCGAGGCUGGGGGCCGAGGCCAGCGCGACUCCUAA